CUCACUAUGAGGCUGAGUUUGCCUGAACAACAUCAAAUAUUUGCCUGAUUUUGCCUUUCGGUUCGCGAACUCUUGCCAGAAGACGUAUAAGGCACAGUUCCACCCACUGCUCGCAAGUCUAAAUAUCCCCGGCGAAGUGCUCAUCUUCUCACUCAUCAGACAUCUGACUGUCGCACUGUAUGCUGUACGCUGGACCCAUCAUGACGAAUACGAUAUUAAACAGGUGUUUCGGGGGAAAAGCCCCCAGAGGCAGUUCUCAUGCCUACCAAAUGCCGUUACAACCCGAAACAAGGCCCAUCUCACAGGAACAGCUCAUCAUCGAAGCGAAAGAGAUAUAUGCUAGCCUCGUUGAAGUCGAGAAGAAGUGUUUAGAGAUCUGCCAGCAGCAGUCCCAGACUACAAACGAGCUCUCCAAUGAGCAAUGGCAGGCAUUGAUUGUCUUACAUCGGACCCUGUUACACGAGCAUCAUGAUUUCCUUUUGGCCAGUCAACAUCCUACGGCGUCACCUGCGCUUCGACAGUUACCGACGAAAUAUGACAUGCAGGCGCGAAUGUGGAGGCAUGGUAUUCACUUCUUCCUUGAGUUACUCCGCCAUCGACUGCCGUUCUCACUGGAGCAUAUGCUCACCUUCUUUCAUCUCUCUUAUCAAAUGAUGGGCUUGAUGAUGGAAUCAGUGCCUGCUUUUCAUGAAACAUGGAUAGAAUGCCUAGGAGACCUGGCUCGUUAUCGAAUGGCCAUCGAAGAAUUUGAUAUGCGGGACCGAGAGAACUGAUCUGAUACUGCCCGAAUAUGGUAUACUUGUGCUGCUGACCGCUCUCUCGCGACCGAUCGUAUAUAGCAUCACUUGGCCGUUUUAGUAAGACUCAAUGUGGUUCGUCAGCUGUUUUAUUAUUCUAAGGCACUCGUUAGCGAUAUCCUAUCUGUGAACGCUUGG